AUGGUGUCUCUGGUUGUGUCUGGUUUUGUUGUUGGUACUAUCUUCAAGGUGCAGUGGUUUUCUGUGGGGUUUCCUCUAGGUGCGGGCUGGAGGUCUAGCAAAGGUGGGCAAGACUUUGGGUGGCUCGGGAUGUGGGGUGCCAUAUAUGUACCCUUCUCUAUAGUUUCAUCUAAUUUAUGUGUGAUGGGGACCGCGGAUCCUGGUGGUGAUAAAGCCCUUGUUGAUCUUGAGCAAUCUUUCGGGAGACACCUUAUGCUUAUGGAUUCUUCUGGUAAGCGUAGAAUUGGCAUCGAAAUCUUUUUUCAUAAGGCAAUAGAGACCAGCCUAAAAGGGUCUCCCAGGUCUCCCUCAUGUGUUCGCUCGAGUGUUUGUGGGCUUGGCAUCCAAUAA